AUGGUGGCUGUACCAUUAGAAGCUCCAGAGCCCUCUCAUACGUACUAUCUCCCUCAUCACGGAGUAUUACGUGAGCAGAGCACCUCUACAAAGCUCAGAGUCGUUUUCAAUGGAUCCAGCAAGACGUCAUCUCAAGUAUCACUCAAUGACAUCAUGCAUACUGGUCCAAAGACUCAAUCAGACAUCUUUGACGUAUUGCUUUACAUCAGACAACACAAAUACAUCUUUAUUACGGACAUAGUAAAGAUGUUCCGGCAAAUAAAGGUUCAUGAAGAUGAUUGGGACCUUCAACGCAUUCUCUGGCUAGAUCAAGACUUAACUAUUCGAGCAUAUCAACUAACGACCGUAACAUAUGGCACAAGGUCAGCCCCAUAUCUUGCUUGUCGAGUACUGAAGCAAUUAGUAGCUGAUGAAGGCGCUAAUUAUCCACUUGCAGUAGAUACCAUCCUCAAAGGUAGUUAUGUUGAUGACAUCUCGGGUGGUGCAGAAACCCUAGAACAACUCAAGAACAUUGCUACUCAAUUAAAUGACUUGUGCCUCUCAGCAUGCUUACCACUUGAUAAGUGGAAAAGCAAUCAUCCUCAAUUCUCACCACCAAGUAUCUCAACUCAACAAGAGCAGCCCAUUCAUACGUUCGAAGAUCUCACGUCAAAGAUACUAGGUAUCACAUGGCAUCCUCAUGAAGACAUUUUCUUGUUCCAAGGAAACAUCUCAUUCAAGCCAACAAUUACCAAACGCGCCAUUCUCUCAGAAGUGGCACAACUCUUUGAUCCACUCGGACUCAUCUCCCCAGUCAUUAUCAGAGCAAAAAUCCUAAUGCAACAACUCUGGCUGGAGAAGAUUGGUUGGGACGACCCACUAACGCCUGAAAUAAUUCAUCAAUGGGAUAAAUUCAGAGAAGAUCUCAACACUCUCUCGACAAUCAAAAUACCUCGGUGGUUACACUUGCACUCUCAAACCUAUUCCAUACAACUUCAUGGGUUCUCAGAUGCGUCUCAGUUAGCUAUGGCAGCAGCAGUCUAUAUCAGAGUAACAUAG